AUGAAACCAGAGAGGGAACAUUCUGAGAAGCGAAAGAAGCAAAUCUACCUGGGGAACAUGCCAUCGCUCACCGUUGGCCGCAUACAAGUUACAGGAGUCGCUACUCGAGACGAGCUUUUAGCGGUCAUUAAUGAGGUGUUGGUUGCAGGUUUUGGAGAUUAUCGCCCAGCGCCACAAAAUAUGCUAGUAGUGCUGUGUGUGAUCAUGGGCGGCAUCAUCCUGACGACGAUGUGCAUGGAUGUGGUUGGGCGCAUGUAUCUCAAGGAAAUUCACUAUAUCGGCCGCAAAAUACAAACAAACAAUCCAUUUUUUCUCAUUCGCGAAGCAAAAGCAAGGCGGCGACGACAAGCGACGGCAAGUGUGCUACUAGAACUGGCUAAAGGAAUGAUUUUCGCGCACCACAGGAAUUAUGAGGCUGCUCUGGCUGGCUCGAAACGACGAAUGAGCAAAAAAGAUCGAAAACGCGAAUCCCAUUUAUGUAAGCGCUUCUGGACAGAUUACCCAUAUCUCUUUCUUCCUGGAGGCUAA